AUGGCGCAACUCGACACGCUCGACAUUGUCGUGCUGGCAGCACUGCUGCUCGGCACGGUCGCCUACUUCACAAAGGGCACCUACUGGGCUGUCUACGCCGACCCUUAUGGAAGUUCGCUGGCAGGCGCUAAUGGCACUGCAAAGGCGGGCAAGUCUCGCAACAUAAUCGAGACGAUGGAGGAGUCAGACAAGAACUGCGUCGUCUUCUACGGCAGUCAGACUGGUACCGCCGAGGACUACGCAUCCCGUAUCUCCAAAGAGGGGCACUCACGCUUCGGUCUCAAGACAAUGGUUGCAGAUCUGGAAGAGUACGACUUCGACAACCUGGACACUUUCCCUGACGACAAGCUCGCCGUCUUCGUCCUAGCCACCUACGGCGAGGGUGAGCCCACAGACAACGCCGUCGAGUUCUACGAGUUCAUUGGAUCUGAGGACAUCAACUUCAGUGAAGGCGGCGGUGCUGACGACAAGCCUCUGGGCAACCUGAAGUAUGUCGCAUUCGGUCUUGGAAACAACACAUACGAGCACUACAACUCAAUGGUCCGCAACGUUGACAAGUACCUCACCAAGCUUGGCGCAACUCGACUCGGCGCUGCUGGCGAGGGUGACGAUGGUGCUGGAACCAUGGAAGAGGACUUCCUCGCCUGGAAGGAGCCCAUGUGGGCUGCUGUCGCCGAGCAGAUGAACCUUGAGGAGCGUGAAGCUGCGUACGAGCCGGUCUUUGAGGUCACCGAGAAGGACGAGCUCACACCUGAGGAUGACACUGUCUACCUUGGCGAGCCCAACAAGAACCACCUCGAGGGCAAGCAGAAGGGUCCCUUCAAUGGCAAUAACCCGUUCAUCGCCCCCAUCGUCGAGUCCUCCGAAAUCUUCACCGCGAAGGACCGAAACUGCCUGCACAUGGAGAUCAGUAUCGCUGGCUCCAACCUGUCGUACACCACUGGUGACCACAUUGCGGUCUGGCCCAACAACUCUGGCAAGGAAGUCGAUCGUAUUUUCAAGGUUCUCGGCAAGGAGCAUAAGCGUCAUACUGUCAUUGCAGUCAAGGGUCUCGAUCCUACUGCAAAGGUACCCUUCCCAUCGCCCACUACCUACGACGCCGCUGUUCGCUUCCACAUCGAGAUCGGCGCAGCUGUCUCUCGUCAACUGGUUUCUGGUCUUGCUCAAUUCGCACCCAACGAUGACAUCAAGGCUGAGAUGACAAAGCUCGGUAGCGACAAGGACUACUUCAAGCAGAAGGUCACCAACCGUCACCUCAACUUGGCGCAGCUACUCGAAAUCGAAGCAAAGGGCCACGCAUGGACCAAGAUCCCUUUCUCGUUCCUCAUCGAAGGUCUUGUCAAGAUCCAGCCCCGUUACUACUCGAUCUCAUCUUCAUCAUUAGUGCAGAAGGACAAGAUUUCCAUCACUGCAGUCGUCGAGUCGGUUCAGAGGCCUGAUGCGCCGCACAUUCUCAAGGGUGUUACCACGAACUACCUCCUCGCUCUGAAGCAGAAGCAGCAUGGUGACCCUUCACCAGAUCCGCAUGGCUUGAACUACGCAAUCACCGGUCCCCGCAACAAGUACGAUGGCAUUCACGUGCCUGUACACGUACGUCACUCGAACUUCAAGCUCCCCUCAGACCCUUCCAAACCCAUCAUCAUGGUUGGCCCAGGUACUGGUGUCGCUCCCUUCCGUGGUUUUAUCCAGGAAAGGGCUGCUCAGGCUAAGGCCGGCCAGAGCGUCGGAAAGACCGUUUUGUUCUUUGGUUGCAGAAAGAGGUCAGAGGAUUUCUUGUAUGAGAAGGAGUGGGAGCAAUACAAGGAAGUCCUCGGCGACAACUUCGUUCUCCAUACCGCGUUCUCACGAGAUGGCCCUAAGAAGGUUUACGUUCAGCACCAGAUGGAGGAGUACGGCGAAGAGAUCAACAAGCUGUUGGAGCAGAAGGCGUACUUUUACGUCUGCGGUGACGCUGCGCACAUGGCUCGCGAGGUCAACACACUGCUUGGCAAGAUCAUUGCGAAGUACAGGAACGUGUCCGAGACAAAGGGUGAGGAGAUCGUCAAGGCCAUGAGGGCAUCGAACCAGUACCAGGAGGAUGUCUGGUCGUGA